UUUUCUGUUUUCUGUCAGGAUGAAGAUCCUUUUCAGAGAAAGAGGAAGAGGAGGAGGAGGAGCCGCUGCUUUCUGAGAACAGCUGCUGAUGAUGAACAUAUAAACAGAGCCGGUUGGACCGGUCCGGCACACUUCCAGAACCUCCGGAACCAUGAAGAUCCAGCUGAUCCUCUGCCUCCUGGCUCUCCUCUGCUCCCUGCGGUCCAGCUCUGCAGCUCCAGUCGGACCGGGCGAGAUACUUGAUGCCUGUUGCCAUGGCAACGGCAAGACGCAGAUUCCCAAAGGGAAAGUGAAGGAGAUGAAGAACUCUCCGAUUCACUGCAAAGUCAGAUCUGUCAUAGUCACCACUGAGAGCAACAAGAAGUUCUGCCUGGAUCCCAACUGGACCUGGACCCAGGUACUGCAGAGAGAGUUUAGGAAAGAAAAACGGCUCCACUGAGAUCUGGAUCUGGGUCGGAACCGAGUCUGCUGGAGCGGGAAGAACCGAUUGGAUGUUUUAACGACACACUGGACGUGUCGCUGAUAGUUCUCCAUUUUUACUGCUAAUUUAUGAUUUUAUAAACUCUGAGUUGUUUUUCAGUUUGUCUGAUGGAGAAUGUAACAUUUAGUAACAUUUAUUUUUUAUGACAGCCAACGAGUCACUGAUUUUUAAUGAAACUUUUGUUUCUUUUUGCUUUUUGUUUGUCAGCUGAAAACAUGUUGCUGGAAAAGUUGAUCAUGUUCAGCUCAAAGUUACUCAUUUCGUAAUAAAAGCCGUAUUUUCCUAUCUGCU